GUGUGAAACUAAGGGGUGGAGAGAUGUAUUUAGGAAGUGACAGAUUCAAGGAUCUGUAGCUUUGAGUCAUGAUAUGUUGCACUGCGGUCUAAGAACGAACCUAACAACAACCAACCUGAAUUUUUACGGAUUUUUUUUUUUUUUUUUUGCUAUUAUUUUUAACAGAGCGACCAUGGGUCAGACGCUCGACACCUUAUACGCCAAACGUUACCCAGUGUCAGGUGUUGCUCCGGUGUUCGUCACCGCGACAGAUGUCUCUCGGCUGUAUCCAGACAGAGCGACGAUGGCCCCGGCUCACAGUGUGGCGCCACCAAGCGUGCCAACAAAACAGGAAAAGUGUUACGACCCUCAUGACAAAACACUUAAAUUUGUCGAUGGAGAGGAUGAUUUGGACUUUUUGUGUGAAGGCUUCAAAUCUCUCAGAGCUCAGAUGUCCUGUGGUCACGCUGUGACCCCGACCUCUCUCACCAACUGGUGUCGCAGAUUGUUGGAUCAGGGUGAAAGCAGGUUUGUGUGUGGUGGGUCUGGUUGUGGUGCUGAGUGGACUUUUGCAGAGGUUUGUAAAAUGGCUCUUCUGGACCCUCAAGAAAAGACGUACUUUCAAAAAACAAUGGAAUUCAACGUUGCCAGGCAGACAAUUGCUACUAAGUUGUGUCCUGGAUGUGGAUCUUCUGUGACGAGAGAGAAUGGAUCAGAUUUGAAUGUCCUCUGUAAAGUGUGCACAGCAGUAAAAGGACGGCCGUUUGAAUUCUGCUGGCAGUGUUUGAAGGAAUGGAAGGGUGCACGGCUUCGAAAAGACCGCUGUGAAAACAAUGGCUGCUGCAACCCGUCACUAGACACAUUAGAAAAAUGCCCAGAUAUGACAUUAAAUUCAUAUCAUGGUGUCUGUGUGUGUCCCUCGGUCCGUGCCUGUCCCACUUGUGGGUUACUGUUGGAGCACAGCAAGAGACUUUGUAAAUUUGUUGUUUGCCCUCGAUGCAAUUUGAGGUUUUGCUUUGUGUGUCUGAAGGAGCCUGUUGAAUGUACAAAAACCGUGUGCAUUCUUGCCCCCAGACAGACCUCUAUACCUGUUUGGCACAAGAAAUAAUGGGAAUGAAACUUAAACACUGUGUGUAAGCGCAUGCUGUCCUCUGGUUAGUUACAUAUAUAACCCGUGUCAUCUCCUUAACACACAUUUUUGUUUGUAUUCCUAAGUACUUCCUAAGUACGUGAGGACUGCUCUUGUUUCCUCUAAACUGUUCCGAGCAAACUUCUCUUUUAAUAAAACCUUGCUAUUUUUAAUAAAAGUUAAUAUAGAAAUGUAAAUAAAAACGCAUCUCUGGGAAGAAAA